CCUAAACCUGAGGCUAUGGGCCGUCCUGCAUAGAAUCUGGCCCUUGAGCGCCAAUUCCGCACAGACAGAAACGCGUGCAAACUCGUGCUGUUUAUAAUUGUGAAUAGAUCAUUAUUUUAUACCGUCACUGUUGAAAACUGUUCAGGCGCAUUCUUUCUAGGUCUGUGAACUUUUUCCUUCCGACAGGCACACAAGAGGCCUGUCACGCAUGUCGGUAACAUAUGCAUACGGCAUACAGAAUACAUAUCAAGAGAACAAGCACUCGGUUUUGACGUUGGCCGGUUUUCGUCUGUCCUGUCCUGGACCCCUUCGCGGGCACGGCGGGGUGUGGGCUACCUGCGCCCACAGCGGGUGCACGGUCCCACGGUCCCAAGGGCUAUGGUGCUACGCACUUCCGCUCUGGGGCAAACCGGUCCUGCCGUGUGCAGUGGGGCUAGCGGGCCCCCGCUUGUGCGCUGCAGGGCCCCUCGCACGUCACUGCGCUUAAUCCUGCGCAUUAAUAAUAUGGGCAUACGGCGCGUGUGCCGCUGGGGCAGCAUUCAGGCCUGAUGCCAGUCAGAUGCUGCUGCCUAGCUCUCCGCGCUGCUGGCGCGUGGGCCGGCGGCGUGGCGGGCGUUGGCAUCGGCCACGCUGCAUGCGCCUGGCGGCGCUGCCUCCGCGCCACCUGCCCCCCAGGUAUGACUGCUGCUUGCGCAGAGCCUGGGGUGGCGGCACGGUGCGGCUGAAGUGCCAUUGCUGACCCUCACGGUGAAGCAGGCAACCCAGCUUCAGCUUGCGCCUGCAUACGACACACUACGCGUGCGUCACUUGGCACUCAGCCACGAGGCCUAAGGCGCCACGCCGCCCGCGGAGCAUUUCGUGCGCUGCAGCACUGGUGCGGCUGUGGAUUUUGGUAUGGAAGCCGCGACACAAGGAACCGCUCUUGCGCCUGGCAGUCAAUGGAACCGCUGGCUUCGGGAUGCAUGCAGCGCUGGUCGCGGAGGGGCGUGCGGAGAAGUGGCCAUGUGGGAUUCGGAUGACUGCUGGCAGGGGCAACCCUGACUGCUGGGGAGAGGGCUCAUCAUUUCUGGGACUGAGUGGUGGCGGGGGCUCUGAGUGAUAUACUGUUAUGCCAUGUUACAAGGGCAUGCAGGUGUGGAUACCGCACAGAACAAGAUGUGGCUGGUGCAAGUGCCACCCGCGCUAUUGCAGGGGGUGUGGGACAUCGUGUAAUUGGCUGCUGUUGCGGCAAUGGAAUACGACCGACAGCGCAUUUACGCGUGCCGUGGAUUGCGGAGGUUGCUGUUCUGCGAAGGAUUUGUGUGGAGCUGCGUACUUGCCAGGGCUGGACGUGCAUGGACAGCAUGGUAGUUGACGCGAGUUGUAGUGGCUGCGCGAGUGGGAGCGGGUAAUUGCGCGGGCGGACGGCUGGGACGCUGCGAUUGCGGGCUGCAGUCGAGCGUGCGUGGCUGGCUGUUGGCGCGCGGCGCGGCUGGGAACGGACAGUUGCGAUAUGCGUGCGGCGCCGUCUGGUAAAGAUGCGUGCCGCGCUGGCUGGCUCAGAUGGAAAUG